AUGGAUGUGACGAUGGUCGGAUUGCAAAAUGCCGGGAAGUCAUCGUUGUUGCGGGUUUUAGCGGGAGGAGAAUUCACGAUUGACUCAAUACCCACCAUCGGAUUCAAUACUGCGCGUGUACAAAAAGGUCACGUCACACUAAAGUGUUGGGACCUUGGAGGCCAGCCGAGAUUUAGGCCAAUGUGGGAACGGUAUUGUCGUGGAGUCAACGCACUAGUAUACAUCGUCGACGCAGCCGACAAGGAAGCGCUGCCCACGGCCACCGAAGAGCUUCACGAUCUCGUGAGCAAACGGUCUCUAGACGGCAUCCCGCUCCUCGUGCUGGGCAACAAGUCUGAUCUCCCCAACAAGCUCUCCGUCGAUGAGCUGAUCGAAGCCAUGGAUUUGAAGUCCAUCGUGCACCGCGAAGUUAGCUGUUACGGUAUCAGUGCCAAAGAGGAGACGAAUCUUGAUGCUGUUUUGCAUUGGCUAAUUGCCCGAUCAAGCAAGUGA